AUGGUAUCAGAAGCCGGUCAUCGCCUCUAUGUCAAGGGUCGUCACAUCAGCCAUGCCCGUGGCAAGCGCAACAGCACCCCAAGCGUCAGCUUGAUCCAGAUCGAGGGUGUUUCUGAUACUGCCGGAGCAAACUUCUACCUCGGAAAGAAGGUUGCGUUCGUGUACCGUGCGUCGAAGGAGAUUAGAGGAUCGAAGAUCAGAGUCAUCUGGGGCACAAUCGCCAGAACACACGGCAACUCCGGCGUGGUACGAGCCAAGUUCCGCAACAACCUCCCCCCUAAGUCUUUCGGUGCCUCGGUCAGAAUUAUGUUGUACCCAUCUUCGAUAUAA